AUGAACUUCAAACAACUUCUCCCUGUUUUGAUCGUUUCGAUUAGUGUCGGCCUGGCUCUUGGCAUAAAAAGUCAUUUUCUAGAAACUGUAAAAAAUAGUAGUCUUCUUCAUCAUAAAGAAACUAAUACGGUAUGGGCAUAUUUAGGAACAUAUGCUCAAACAGAAAAUACAGUUAAUUUUAUUCUUGAAAUACCUGUAUUUCAAUUUAUGUGUGAUGUGUUUCCAGCUUCAAUGGCUUUUGCUAUGCAAGCUUGCACACGCUAUCGAAGUCGAGUUUUAGAUAACGGUAGUGCACGUCGAUUAAAUGAAUUGAUUGAAGCUCAUAUGCGAGGACGUGAAAAGCGGCAAGUCAUACAGGCCUUUCUGACUGGUAGUGCAAUCUAUGCUGGAUAUAAGAUUAUUGGUGAUCUUUUUCGGGGAAGUAAUGAUGAAAUAGUACAUCGAUUGGAUGAGAGUGAAAACUUCCGGAAACAUCAAGAAAAAUUAGAUGAUGUGUUGACUACAUCUAUUUUAUCGUUAGAAGAUAAUAAUCUUGUUAUGUUGAAGAGUUUUAAGAGCUUGUUUGACAAUGUGAAUGCAACACGUUUUUUGAUUCAUAAUCUAUUGAAGAUAUCGAUGAAAGAGACGUGUUGA